UUUUCCUCCCUCACAAUAUUAAGACAUUACUCUUGUAUAAAAAUGACUUACAACUUUUUUCUUUUAAUAUUUUUUACAUGAUCCUUGUAAAAUUAUUGCUGAUUUUCCAUUUUGGCUGUUGUUGUUGUUUUUUUUUUACAUUUUAUUUUUUAGUUUUCUUGUUAAAUUAUAUUUUUAGAAUGUGCCACAGGCCAGUAAAAAACAGCUCAGAAGUAUACCAAACUUUUUCCCAACCAAAUUUUCCAAAAAUUGCAACUUUCUUCUUUGUGUUGCUGGUCCUCAGAAUAAAAACAAAACAAAACAGUUAUUCUCAUAAAAUUACAACUUUUUGUCUUGUGAGAUUUUUCUCUCUUAACAUUUAUGACUUUAUUCUUAAUAUUUUGACUUUAUACUUGGAAAAUCUUUCCUCUUUUUUCAUGUUUAAUUGUAUUUGUAGAAUGUGCCGAGGGUCAGUAAAACAGCAGUCGCUGGCCACUGAUGGCCCCCGGGCCGCACUUUGGACACCACUGCCCAAGGCAGUCGACACACACAUACAGGUUUCCAGGCUUGUAAGUGGUGCAAAACGUAUUGUUUCUACCUCCUAUGGCUUUCCCUCACCUCACCCCUGUGUUCCCCAGUUUGUGCGUUGUUGGCUGAAUUAGAAAGUGGAGCUGCUUGGCUUGAAGCUACCAUAUCCGCUACCUUCUUCCGUCCCUGCUCUCUAAUCUUGUGUAAACACAAAAAUCAGCUCCCAGCUUCUUCUGGCAGAUGCAGGCCAGCAUUGAUGAUACUGUGAUACAGACCUCUAAAGCUUGGAUUUACAGUUUAGCGAUGCUCCAUAUUUAGGCGAGGUAGGUUUACGUCUGCGCUCUGUUCAUUGUCUUUAGCCUGAAAGAAAGAAAAAUGGUGCUAAUGCAUCACAUUGAUUAAAAUCCCAGUGUGAAUCUACAACAAAAAGCAGUUUUAGUUGUUCAAGGGAAAUCACUUUUCUGCCCUACACAGGGUUAAAGGACAAAUCUAUUUCUUUCUUUAAUAAAAGGGUGCCGGGUAUUCUGCUAGAAAUGCUCAUGAUUAAGGUAUAAACUGCAGGAGGCAGACAAAAGACAGACAGAGAUGAAGUGAAUUGAAGGAAAGCAGAAGAUGUCUUCACCAUGCAGAAAGAGACAUGUUGUGACAUGACCCAUGUCCAGCCCCGUGUACGCAUAAAAGCAUCUGUCUUCUAAGAUACAUUUUUAUGCAUGUGUGUGUGUGUGUGUGUGUGUGUGUGCGUGUAUGAGAGUGUAUUUAUCAGAUUCUGGGAAUGUCUGAGUCGUCUGUGGCUGUGAAUGAUCUAUGGCUUGUGUUUACCAGGCCAUAUUUUGGCUAGGCCUGCCAUCACUGGCCUAUGAAUGAUAAAUUACGGAUGUCUAUCGGAUUCACCCAAGCACCUGUGGUCCCUUGCUCUCCUUUCCCCUUUUACUCUCCACACCAGAAAGGAGAAACAUUUUAAUGUCUUGAUGUUGUCCUUUUGGCAGAUAUACAAGCAUUUUUGAAUCCUGUUCAAUGUCAGUCAGGAGUGUUGUCAUGAUAAUUGAAAGGUAUUUCAUUAAUCUACCACAGUGGAUCCCCGCACAUUAGCCAUGUAGCAUUUGCUGAUUUUUGGUCAAAACAUGUUUUGCUCUAUUUUGACAUGUUUGUGUCUUCAUGCUUCAGCGUUAACGUUUUUUUUUGUUAAGUGCUUUCAGUAGAUUUAGCACUUUGUUUGGUGAUCCUUGAACGCACCAUAGUUGCCGUGAGAUGUGUAUAAAACAUAAAUAUAAAAGAAUCUGGCCUCAAAGCUUGCAGUGAAGUGAACACAAGUGAAUAUGUGUACAUCGUGGAAUUACAACAGGCAAACAGUGUGGACUACAGUCAUCCCUCGUUUAUUGUGAUUAAUUGUUUCCAGACUCGACAGUGAUAAGUGAAUUUCCGCAAAGUAGGAUUCCUUAUUUAUGAAUGCAAUAUAUUUGUAAUUAGAGCAUAAAAAGCCUGUUUACGACCUUCUAAAUAUGUUUUUUUAACAUUAUUAGAGCGUUCUAGACAUGAAAUAACACCCCUAUAGUCACCUUUACCCAAUUUAGUAGACAUAAUAAUAAAAUAAGACAUAAUUAAGACCCUUGCUUGUGCGUAUUGAUGCAAAUGUGUUUUGGUGGCGUGGACAGGGAGCGAUGUAGACUUUUAGCUUGGCAUGGGUGACGGCCGCAACUGUAGCUCGUGUUAGAGAUUAUUGUGUCUGGUGUGAGCUUAUUUAAAGCUGCAAUAAAAGCCUGUUGUUCCGGCGAUCAAGUCUGGUGCUUGUGUGUCUCACCCAACAUUACCGAAAAAUGACUGACUCUUAGUGACCAGUGUAGAAUACUACAUAAUGUCUUUGAAUGCAUCUUCUGAAUGCCUUAUAUUUGUAUUUUAGUUCAUUUAGUCACUUAAAAAUGCUUAAUUUAGGCAAACAAUACCUCAUCUUAGUACUUAUCUUUUCCGUCUCUCUCUCUCUCUCUCUUGCUCUGUCCGCACCUCAGUGUCUCUCUUGGUAAUCCUUUAGCCGAGGAAGAAGAAACACGUGUGUUAACAUUCAGUCAUCAGUUGAUCAUUCAGAUGCUUUUGUCAGUCGCUUAUAAACUUUGUUUAGCGCUGACUGAAGACAUUCCAGCUGCCUCGUGAGGUGGCACUUUGCUGUUUGACUCGUAUACGUGAGGAUGACAGAUGGCAAAGAAGAACCGACAACCUACACGUGCACUACAUGUAAGCAGUCAUAUGGCAGCGCCUGGUUCCUGCUGCAGCAUGCCCAGAACUCCCACGGUUUCCGUAUCUACCUGGAAAGUGAACAUGGCAGCCCCCUCACCCCGCGCAUGGGUGGGCCAUCCUCCCUGGGUGGGGGCGCAGAUUGUCCUUCUCACCCUCCCCUUCACGGCCUCCAUCUGCCUCCUGAUGCAAGCCCCUUCAAUCUCCUUCGAAUCCCAGGCUCAGGCUCAGGGGGAAGGGACAGUGUGGGAGCAGGAAGUGCACUUGGGGCUGGUGCUGGGGUGCUUCAUCAGCGUUUUCCUCCAACACCACCCAUCUUCAGCCCCCCUCCAAGGAACCACCUGGACCACCACCACCUGAGCCCAGAGGAGCUGGCGCUGGCAGCCCACCACCCGAGUGCCUUUGACAGGGUGCUGCGCCUCAAUCCUCCUCUUCCCAUGGAACCCCCUCCGACAAUGGACUUCUCCCGGCGGUUGCGGGAGCUGGCGGGUAACACCUCAGGGUCCACUCCUCCUCUAUCCCCCAGCCGGCCUGGUCCCAUGCAGCGCUUACUCCAGCCAUUCCAGACAGCAGUAGGGAGCAUCGGUACAGGAGGUGGAACGGGCAACAAAACCCCAUAUCUUGCAACACCCCCGCCUCUGCCAGGCUCCAUGCAGUCACCAGUGGGCUCUCAGACCACUCCGACCACUCCGCUCACCUCUGCUGGAGCAACACCUUCCUCCAACGUUCCGAUGAAAUCAAAGUGUUGUGAGUUUUGCGGCAAAGCCUUCAAGUUUCAGAGUAACCUAAUAGUGCACAGGCGCAGCCACACAGGAGAAAAGCCGUAUAAAUGCCAUUUGUGUGACCAUGCCUGCACUCAGGCGAGUAAAUUGAAGCGCCACAUGAAAACUCACAUGCACAAAUCCUCCUCGCCAAACACCGGCAAGUCAGAAGAUGGACUUUCGACGGCCUCCUCUCCAGAGCCUGGCACCAGUGAACACAUGGGCAGCGCAAGCAAUGCCCUUAAGUCAGUUGUGGCAAAGCUCAAAUGUGAAAACAACCGAAUCCUGCGUGAAAAUGGAGAGGAAGAGGAGGAGGAAGAAGAGGAAGAAGAGGAGGAGGAAGAAGAAGAGGAAGAAGAGGAAGAAGAAGGAGAGGAAGAGGAGGAACAUCAUGGAGAGAGGGCAGCUAGACGAAACAACAACAGCUACCACUUCGGCUUGAACCUUGACGCGGCACGUCAACAUGAAAACAACGGCAGUAUUGGAAGCAGACUAGGCGGAGUGACUGAUGAGGGGUCCAUUCCACGUUCACUCCCUGAGGUGAUGCAGGGAAUAGGUCUUGCAGCAAGCAUGCAGCAUUUCAGCGAAGCCCUUAAUGCACACAAACGGAAUGCAAUUGCCCAAGAGAACCACCUCCACCUCCACCUUAACAGAGGACAUCCACAAAAUCGGGAGAUGUGUGAUGCUAAUUCAGUGCCGGAAACAGAUCGUGGAGAGGAGGGCUCUGUCUCAACAGUCAACGGGCGCGGAGCAUCCCCUAAUGAGUCCGCCUCUGUCUGCCUUUCUAAGAAACUGCUUUUGGGUAGCCCAAGUCCACUUAGCCCUUUCUCUAAACGCAUCAAGCUGGAAAAAGAAUUUGACCUGCCCACCCCCACAAUCCCCAACACAGAGAACGUCUACUCGCAGUGGCUGGCUGGCUACGCCGCUUCUCGACAACUCAAGGAUCCUUUUCUGAACUUUGGGGAUUCCAGACAAUCGCCCUUUGCCUCUUCGUCCGAGCAUUCCUCAGAGAAUGGCAGUCUGCGUUUCUCAACUCCUCCGGGAGAACUCGAUGGAGGGAUGUCGGGCCGCAGUGGUACAGGCAGCGGGGGCAGCACACCUCAUCUCGGGGGUCCAGGGAGGCCCAGUUCCAAGGACGGUCGAAGGAGUGAUACUUGUGAGUAUUGUGGCAAGGUGUUCAAGAACUGUAGUAAUUUGACUGUGCACCGGCGCAGCCACACAGGGGAGAGGCCAUACAAGUGUGAGCUUUGCAAUUACGCUUGUGCCCAGAGCUCCAAACUUACCCGUCAUAUGAAGACCCAUGGUCAGGUGGGCAAGGAUGUGUACAAGUGUGAAAUUUGUCAGAUGCCCUUUAGUGUCUAUAGCACCUUGGAGAAACACAUGAAAAAAUGGCACAGUGACCGUCCUAUGAGUACCGAAAUAAAGUCUGAGUAGAGGGCCGAACUAUGGGACCUUUUCCCUGCAGCUGUCUGCCAUUAGCUCCCUGUUUAUCCCUAGACUCUUGCAGUUUUGCCCCAACGCCCAAAACUCACCCCAAACUUUCACUAGGCUGGUGGAAAGUUAAGACCAUGUACUCUGCACCAGCACAGCCUGUGUUCAUUACCCAUUGAAUGCAUGAUCUGUAUCGGGGCAAUACUCUUGCAUUGAGGCAACAUUUUGAGCCUUUUUCUUGUGCAAUAAAUUACAUGUUGUGUACUAUUUUCUUUUUGGAGUUUUUCCGUUUUCAUUUCUAAGAAUUUGUCAGCAUGCAUAGUAUGUUUUUGCUAAUCAAAAAAGAAAGAAAAAAAAGAAAAUAACUUGUCCCUGGUUGGUUACUUGUUGAGUAAAUGUGUUGCUGUUUUUCUCUUGUUAUGUUUUUUUUCUUUUUAUUAUUCAAAAAGAGAAAGGACAAGAAAGAUACAGUAUAUCCAUGCUGCAUACACCCUGUAACACAUAUCAUGUACAGUUUUGUGUUGUUACAUGGAAAAUGACCAUGACCCUCUUCUGGAAACCCUGGAAAUGCACUUAUCCUGAUCUUUCUAAAAGAUGCCAUGUUCACACAGGGUUAAAAAAAAAUACCACAUUGUUCUAUGAUUGAAAUGAAUAAUAUUAGUGGAAGUCAAAUUUCAAUAACACGAUGGUGACUUUAAAAUGUACUAUCAUUUAGUAGAGCAAGAAAGAGUGCCUUUGAUAUCUUAAAACUACAUUGGCCAUAAUCCUAUCCAGAGGUCUGAGGUCACAUUAGGCUCUUGAAACCACCAACAAAAGGUCCUUGCAUCAAGCACCUGACUGUGACAACUCAUAAUCAAAGAUUCAGAGUUCUAGUUAAUCAUCAUUUAGCUACCUAGUACAUGUUCAAUGGGCUUUUCUUCCGUAUACAGAUUUCACAAUGAGCAUGGUACGACCAGUAUUGUGUAUAUCUGAAUAUGUGUAGUUUUGUUUCUGAUGAGGAGCUACUUUUGAGGGGGGAAAAAAACAAUUACCUGUAAUGUACAAUCCUGAACUUGAGGGAUACAAGUGACAUGUCUCUAAGUUAGCACAAACCUGCAACGCUGCUUUGAUUUGUGGUGCGUGGAACGAUGCAUUAAGGCAUACACGACCUCCAAGUGAGAAAUAAAUUCACGCUAGAAAGAGAGAAAGCUACAACAAACUUGAAAAUCCGUGCGUGUGAUAGGGAUUAUAUUUCAUUUGACGUUACAUUGUAUCAAAACAGGGUCGGCAUUUAUGAACUACAGCAAAAAUAGCCCCUUUGCUCUUAAAAAGAGUGAGCAUUUUAAUCAGUGUGCGUUGGCAAAUGGAGAGCACAUUUUGUUUGCUUUCACUUUUAACCAGAGAUGCAUAAGAUCUUUUUCUUUUUUCAUACCGAUACUGAUAACUUUCUGCUUCUUAAGACUGAUAUGGUACCGAUAACCGAUAACCGAUAACUGAUAACCGAUAAUGUUUUUAUAUCUACUUUUUAAAUUUAGAUUUCAGUGUAGUUUGUGAACACCUAGAGGGAAGAAGGACUCAAAACAAAUUUGGAUUUGACCAACUGUACCUGUUGAUUUGUCCUAAUCAAAUAUCAUGACAUUACAACUACCACACCAUUACUAUCAGGAGAACCAGAGUAGCCAUCUGCUGUGGCCCAGCAAAGUGCACUAUAUUCGGACACAUGCUUCGAGCAGCCGGUGUGCUGCUACGGAGGUCAGGAGAACCGGAGUAUAGAGCGGGAGGAGCCACCUGGCGUGGCCCAGCAAGAUGCACUGUAUUUGGGCACAUGCUCCAAGAAGCUGGUGUGAUGCCACAAAGGUCUCUGGCAAACCUUGCACUUUUCAAACUCCAUGGCGCAACAUGCCCCAGGCGUGGCAGCGAUGUGGCGUUUCAGGUGACUGAUAAGGUUCGAUGUGGGUUUUCUCCCCUCAUUGCAGGGCAUUUGGUCCAACUAGCAUGGCAAAUGUCUCCGGAAGUGAAUUUUUGUUUACAAGUGAGGUCAGGGGAAGUUACGACAAGCCAUUAACAUCACAGGGAGGAGAAAAAAAGGAGCGCUUGAUUUACUCACCUGCACAGUACGGGUAAUCUCGCCUCAUUGGAGCUCUUUGUUUUUUUUAUUAUCGGUUAUCUGAAUUAUUUUUAAUGUUAUCGGAUUUAUCGAUAUAGUGGUAAAAUUCCCACAUAUCAUAUCAAGAUCAAGAUGAUUAUUUUCCCUAAAAGGAGACCUCUUAUUUCUUUCCUAUUUUCUUUUACACUGUAUCCAAUAAAGCACUCGUCACGCAACUUGGAAGUACCAUCAUCUCUCUUGCAUUGUUUCAAAUUCCAAGUUCACGCUGAAGGGGGAAAAGGGUUCGACUGGUAAAAGCAGUAAAAUACAGUGGUGACAGCAAUCCCAGUUGCAUAAUAGUUCAAUUACACACCCUUGCCAUUUUACGUAAGAACAUUUGUCACGUUGUUACCUCGAACAAACCCCAAGGUCUGCACAUUAAAAUGACAGCACUCUGAAAUUGGUUCCAAACAGACUAUGGUGUUAAUGGCAUGAAUGCAAAAUGUUCACAUUGGUUUUAAGAGGCUGCAUUGUGUCAUUCUUGCCAUCUUUCAUCUCUAGACCUUGUAGACUCGACGAUAAACACUCAAAUCUUGUUGCUCGCACUGCAAGAAUCUGUUUUUGUAUAAAUGUUCCUUUCAUUCUCGGUAUGGAAAUAAAAGUUUUUUUGGAAAUAACACUUCGCUGUCUUUUAGGGUAAACUGUUAAGUUUGUUGUCGUUUCUCUUUUUCUCAGCGUCUUGGUGAUGUUCAAGACUUCGACCACAGUAUAUAUGAAAUAUUUAAAAAAAAAAAGGACAAAGAAAAGUCAAACAAAAAAAAUCUGUGAUGGUUUUAUAUUUUCUUUUGCCUUGGCUCUUCACAGCUCUUCAGGUUGAAAUACAAUUUGCAUUGGGGAAAUGAGUAAGAUUAUAUAUGAAUAUAUAAACAACUUAAAAUAUAGGAAAAUGCACAUACAUGUCCAUUCCUAUACUGAAACACAUUUAUGGUCAAUUUUUUUGUAUUUCUAGAACUGUAUUUGAAUUCCAUGUUCACUUAGAGUAGGUACUAUAGUAUUUAUAUUGAGGCUCGUAUUUUUAACUGUUGCUUGUUCUCUCUAAAGGUACCAUACCUUUUUUGGUAGUGGAAAAAAAAAAAUCCCAAGCUGCCACGGUAUAUUUUUUUAAUUUGGCAGGAUAAUAUAGUACAAAUUAUUUGUAUGUUUAAAGAGAUAAAAGGAAAAACCUAAUACAAAAAAAGCAGCUAACGUGCGUGGCAUUGGGAGGCAUUCUUGGUCAUAAGAUGGCUACUGCUCAGUUUUCCUGUCUACAGAGGUUGUUGUACAUAUCUUCUUUGGUUUUUGCUUCGGACCCUCGUUCCAUCCUGCUGCCAUUGUUGUAUGCAGUAACACAAGCUGACAUUGGCCUGUUCUGUUGUGUGCUUCUGUCUCUCUUACCCCUCCUACCUGACAACAUUCCAACAAAAGGAGAGAAAGAAAAAUUCAAAAAAGAUCAUAUGCAGUACAUGGAUUAAAAAAAUAAACAAAACACCAGUCAAAAUAAGUACAUCUAAAAAGAAUUCAAUGUUUUGCAGUUUUUUUCAUUGCCAAAUGCAAAAUGGUGCUUUUUAUUUAGAUUGGGUAAACUUUCAUAUGCAAAGCAUAUUUAAAAUUGACCGGGGAUACGUGGAGAAAACUGCUUGAGUCGGGAAUUUUUGUAAAUGGCAAUGCGGAAUAUUUUGUUAUUAGCGUUUUCUAUUCCUGUUCUGAAAGCUGUUUGUUGUAACUUGAACUUGAACUUUAUCUUUUGCAAUGGGAGUUGCUAUUUAUUAUAACCUUUAUGCUCUGUUCAAAACAGAGAUAUGGGAUCAAUCCUUGGUUUGGUUUCAUUUUAAUUUUAUAUUUUAUGUUAAAGUAUAUUUUCAUUCUGAUUCUGUUUUUUCUUUCUUUUGUAUUUGUGGCCAAUGGUCAUUUGACAAACCAAGCUCUUUAUUAAUUCCAGUUGUACUUGUUUUAAGUACCUGUUCAGUUGUAAUGAGAAAACCACUGUCUGUGUUUUCUGGCAGAUGUCUGCAUAAUCCUGUUCACACCCCCAUUUUGUCCCUUUAUCGAAAAACAGUUAAUAAAAAAAAUGAAAGUAUAUUGGCACUUGUCCCUUAUCUCCAUUGUGGUUGUUAUUAUCUCAGGGGUUGUUGCCUUGUUCGUAUCGCCGACCUUCACAGCACACAUGAACGUGCCACGCUACAGUAUAUAUGUCCUCAUGUUCACAAUUGUUUUACUCACGUAAGCAAGCAUGAAGAAAAAGAUCUUUCACGUACACGUGGAUAUAGAAUGUAAGCAGUGUUCCAAAACUGACUUUGUUUUGGAUUCUGGUUAGUUAAAAUUGAACCCAAAUAAAUGAAAGCCAGUCUUUGGAC